UAGAAGCACUGCUCACAGUGACAGAGAGGAGGUGUCCUCUGGCUGCAGUUACUCCACCACAACCUGGACGGCGCUGUGGGACCAGUAUCACCAGUUCCCCCAGUUCCACUGGUCCUACACGGAUAUUGGUCUCGGAAGAAACAGACUGCACUUCAUUGGUUCCGCACAGAGGAAGCACAGCCAGUGCAGAGCUCCUUUACAGCCGAUAUCUGGCAUCGACCGGUGACCCAGUACACGCUCCCAGUCUGCAGGAGGAGACCCAGUGCACGCUCCCAGUCUGCAGGAGGAGACCCAGUACACGCUCCCAGUCUGCAGGAGGAGGAGGAUGAUGAGCAGUGUGUGAGCUGCAGCCCGGUCGCACCUCACCUGUCCCCUCACCUGUCCGUGCUCCUCACCUGUCGGGAUGGAGUUCACCGACGGGUCCUCUCCCCUCCGGAUCACCGCCACCGUCCGGGCUCUGGGCUCCUCACUGCGGGGGACGCGUGUCGAUGCCCCGGGUUGCAGCCUGCUGAUGUCCGGGGACAGAGUCUCCCCCGAGCCGGAGAAGCUCUGGUUCAAGGAGAGCAGCGCCAAGAACCUGCGGAGCAGAGACUUCCUCUCCCCGGGAACCAUGCUCACCACGCUGUACGCCGACGGACAGGUCCCUCCAGCAGUGAUGUCCAGAGUACUGUCCCUCCGUGGCAGUGGGAUUCUCCCCAUAGCUGGUGGGGAGGUGAUGGGUGAGGGUUUGAGGGUGAGGGUGGACCGGCCCGCAGCCUUUAAGGAUGUCCUGGCAGAUGGAGCCACAGAGUACCUGAAGCCCUCAGGUCAGAGGCAAGGCUUUGUGGUGCUCAACUGCCCUGCUCUGCAUCCUAAACCCAACACACCCACUCCUGAUACACUGACUCUGGGCCAGCUGAGGACUGUUCUGUUGGCUGACCACAUGGGGGCGCUGUUGAGAAGACAGGGAUUUGCAGUGUCCUAUUGCCCAACGCUCCCAGAAGACAGCGACAUCAUCACCUUUCUCCGAGCUCUGGGCAUCGAUUGGCCAACAGUCCCAGCCAGCUGGACCAAUGAGGAGCGGGAGGAGAAGGUUCAGGAGGCUCUGGAGAACUCCCCGUACAGAGAGAGGGAAAUGGAGAGAGGCAGGAGAACCAGCGGAGGAGGAGGAGGAGGAGGAGGAGGAGGAGGGAGGAAGGCGGAGGAGGGGGAGAACGACGGAGCUCUCAGGGUCAACCUGAAGCGAGUGUUCCAGGAGGAGGGACUGCUGGGAUACGACCCCAGCCUCGGUACCUGUAUAGUACACAGAGACAGUGUUUCUCACCUGGCGCAGCUGGACCUGGCCACUGUCGACUGCACAGUAGCCAUGGCAACAGCGUUACAUGUGACUUCCUGUCAGGAUGAGUUCCGUCAGCAGCAGAUAGCAGUGCUGUGGAGAGCCAGUGGAGCGACACACACACAGAGACAUCUGGUGUGUGGGCCUGUGAAGACUCCUGGUUGUCACCUCACUGCUGCACAAUAUCUGCAGCUGAGAAGAGGUCAGAUGAAGGAGGCUUCAGAGAUGAAGUAUGGAGAUCAAGUAGAAGGUCAAACGUGGGAUGACAUCAUCAGGGUCAUGACCUCUGCCACUGUGAGAUUUGAGCUGCUGUCGACGGUCCACACCAGUCCUGUGACACUGGACGUCCAGAAGGAAGGCGGUGUGUCCACCAAAGGGCCGAGAGGAGGCGUGUUUGUGAUGUAUAACUGUGCCAGACUGCACACUCUGUUCGACAGCUACGAGAGAGGAGUGGAGAAGGGUUUAUACCCUGAAAUCCCUGAAGGCUCCCAGCUAGACUUCUCUUCUCUGAAAGAAGAGGGCGAGUGGCUUCUCCUGUUCAAUUACCUCAUCCCCUUCUCCGAGCUGCUGGACCAAUCGGGACAAGCGUUAGAUUGUGAAGGGGGAGGAGCCAGAGUCAAUAUUAAGACUGAACAGAUCUGUAAAUUUCUCGUGUCUCUCAGUAAAGACUUCAGCUCGUACUACAACAGAGUCCAUGUGCUGGGGGAGCCGUUGCCUCAUCUCUUCAACCAGAUGUUUUGUCGUCUGCAUCUGUUGAGAGCAUUGAGAGAGCUCUACCACAGCGCUCUGGACACCCUUAACCUUCCGCCCAUCAGGCAACUAUAGCUUAGUCUUCAUUCACUCAUCCUGUGGUCACUGUUGGCCCGACUUCCCCGACCAUCUCACACAGUCACCUUCGUUUGUGCAUUUGUAGUUUCAUCACAUCCUCAUUUUUCGGCUAAGAUAAAGUCCCCUUUUACCUCAUUUUGUCAGACAAUUUGUGACUGGGAUCCGCUCCAUGGAGACUUCAAGAAGUUAAUGAUGCCAGUCCAGAAAUAGUUUGCAAAGAUGGGAUGCUCUUUUUCUGUAGAAGCACUUCUAUGUAAUUUCCAAUUCUGCUCUAAUGGGUACAAGCAUCCCACAUAACUCAACCAACUUUCUAAAUUUCCUCAUUAUUAACACAACCUUUUCCUUCAAUAAGCCUUGCUUAACUGUUAAUAGUCCCAUUUCAUGUAUGUUACCCACCUUGUAUUCAUCCAUGCCACACAAAUAUAUAUUGUCAUUUAAAAAAAAACAAAGGGGUACAGAAUAUAUACUGUGCAUAUGAGUCUUAAUUGCUGUGUUCAUGAGAUUAUUCAGAGCCCUCCAAUCACAGUUAUCCUGCGUGACAAAUCACAAAUGUUCAGUAUCAACCAACCAUGUGCCAGAUUUAACAGGUGUUCAUAAGUUAUUUACAAAAACAGCAUUAGGGCAUUGUGCCAUAACGUUAGGAAAUGCAUGAAAUGGCAUGAAAAAAAAAAAAUAUAUAUAUGAAGAGUUUUAUGCCAAAAAAAGUGUUAUUUAUAAAUUUUGGUAAUGACCUUAAAAUUGAUCCUUGAAAUGUGAAAUGUGUUCCCAUUUGAGCAACCUACAGUGCUGAUGUCUGUUGAAAUGUGCCAUAGCUUGUUUAAACUCUCCGCCACACAUUUUUGUAAUUUUUUUUUAUUUUUUAAAGUGAAUAUCUCAAGUUGGAACAAAAAAAAUCAACGUACACAAGUAUCUAAUCUAUUACUCACUUCUCACUAAAUGUUGUUUGUCCCUGAAUGGUUUAUGGGAUUUUUUUAUGGACUGAUCUUUUUAUUUUCGCAUGUACCUUUCUUUAGAAAAGGGAAUGGGAUAUUAACAGUAUCCUGAUUAUUUACAGUGACUGUCUUGUUAACCAGAAGUGUAAUAACCACAGUAUUCAAGCAGGAGAGAUGCACAAUGAGGGACUUCAUUGUCUUACUGUUUAUGUAAAGAGAUGUCUGCAUAUAAUAGAUAGGCUAUGUUCACUUUAGUCAUCGUUGUGUUUCUCCUGAUGCCAUGUUUUCACCCCUAAGGCCUCACAGCUCUGACCUUCUUCUUCCGUCUCUCAUUCUUUUCUCCCUCCUCUUUGCCACCCUUACUGCCAUCUCUCUGCUCAGAGCCCUUCUAUCCCUUUAUCCUGUACUUUAUUAUAUACCCACAAUCAGAGCUUAAGCUUGCCUGUCCUAACUUUAGUGCCACUUGGUUUGGAAGUUCAAGUGUUUUCCUAUCCGUUUUCUUCAUAGAUACGAUGAAAUUCUUUAUAUGAGUAUGACUCAAAUGCUUUUAACAAUUGGAGCAAAAGUAAUGCCUUUUAGAGAAACAAUGAAUGACUCAUCCAAUAAAGCCUUGUGACGGAUGUUAGUUUUUUUUAUUCUGAAAAUGAAACAAAAUAAAAAUCAGUGUAACAACCAGCCACCAGCUGAUAACAUCUACAGCUCAACUUCACAGAACAUUCCUUCCUCUCCUGAAAAGUCUUUCCAUAAACCUCUGACCUUCAAGUGUAUUCGUCACCCAUCUGAAUGUAAAUGCUACUGUCAUACUACUGUCAUACUACUGUCAUACUCUCCUACACACACAUGUCCGCCUGUAGUUUCUGUGUCUCUCCAGUCUGCAGAAUUAAAAUAACCAUGACAGACUGUGUGUUUGGUCUCUGAGAGAUGCACAUACUGAUACCGUUAUUCUAUAGAUGAAUCCCCUCAGGCCACAUAGAUCCAACAGUAACCCACACACUGCAUGCUGUUAACAGUGAUCCAUCACUGUAGAUACAACCCUGGUGAUAUGACAUGCCAUUUGUCUUUGCCCUUUUUCUCUGUUUCCAUCCCUUUUUCUCACUUGCUUUUCUCUUCUCUUCCUUACAAUUGGUCUUUUGGACCUCAUUUAUAAAAGGAUUGCACUGAUUUAUGGCUGAUUACAAGCCAAACAUUUGCUUCUUGUACAUUUGAAUUCCAAAUUUGGUGAGCUACAUCUCAUUUCUGCAGGCUGAAGUAUUUGUUUCCAUUAAUUAUCCCAGUUCUGACUCUUGUGACGGCAAAUAAAAUCACCACAGUGUACAACAGGAUAAAGUAAUAAACAGUUUUUAUGUUUUGGUUUUUCCCAGUUGAAACUGACUGCUUUUCAUUUUUCUUUAUCUCCGCCUGAAUCUCUGCUGUCGACACACAGACCUGUGUACCGUAUACUACACGUACUACUGAAAUGCAAAUCUUCUUUCAUCCUUGUUUUUGUGAGUAAACCAGCCGAUUCUGCUGCAUUCAAAUUGGAAAUCCCUUCACAUUUUGUAUUCAGUUAGAUACAGAUGCUCAUGAAGCAUGCUAUAUAUACUUUAUAUAUCCAUACCAACCCUCACAUUAUUUAUUCUUUAUGCAAGUUGUUCUACAAUCACUCUUUUCCUCUUUCCUUCGUUCCUAUUUUGUCGUUCCUCUCCAAUUUUCCACCUGUUCUCCUGAUUUCCCAUUUCAUCCCUGGCUUGUUCCCUAAUUGUUUCAUUCUUUGCAUUCAGUGAGUGAGGAAAAAACAAAGAGAAAAAAGAGAAAUAGCUGGUAACUGUUUCAAAAAGUUCCUGUAUUUAAUUACUGUUCUGUGACCAUCACCUGUAUGACAAAUCUCACAUGCAUGCUAGGGCCGAUAAACUUGUUUUUUAAGGUCAGUGCUGAUAUUCUAUGUAUAUUUACAUUACGUAUUCACACACACACAGAUGUGUUUCUCCACCUUCCCCUUCUCAGCAUUGAAUCAAAUCUGUACUUUCCAAGCUAUGCUAAAU